ACAAUUAAUUACUCCUUCCUAGAGAGAGACAGAGGAAAGGCGUAGAUUUGCAGCGGCAGUCAUCAAUCGAUCGAUCCAUCAAUCGAUUUGGCAGAAGAAAUUUCAAAAAAUAUAUAAUAAUAAUAAUAAUAAUAAUAAAGAAAGAAGAUGUCUGGAAACGAAGAAGACAAGAAGCCAGCCGCCGCCGCUGGAGGCGAACACAUCAAUCUCAAAGUUAAAGGCCAGGAUGGGAAUGAAGUAUUUUUCAGGAUUAAGCGUAGCACCCAGCUUAAGAAGUUAAUGAACGCAUACUGUGAUCGUCAAUCUGUGGAGCUCAACUCCAUUGCUUUCUUAUUUGAUGGCCGUCGCCUUCGCGCUGAGCAGACUCCUGAUGAGUUGGAAAUGGAGGAGGGUGAUGAGAUAGAUGCUAUGCUGCACCAGACAGGGGGUGGUGUUGACUUCUGAUUUGUUGAGGCUCAUGGGGCUAUGCUGCAAGUUUGUUGAAUUCGGUGAUUAUCUAGUAUGUGGUUCGUGUAUGUUGUUGAAUACAUUUUUCUAUGUAUGGCAUAAACCCCUUUCACCUAGUUAAUAAACGGUAGGAUGAUGCAUGUACUGGUGAUGAUUCCUUGCUUUUCGCUUUAUUUUGUUUUGCUACAUAUCUUUCUUUUCCUUUUCAAACCAUGAUAGAGUUGGUGAUUGUUUUUGUGAAA